UCUUUAAAUUCAUGAAGUGUGUGUGUACACACUAUAUUAUAGUCAUAUAAUAUUAGACGUACCUGAAAUGAAUGCGUGUAAGACCCGCUUCAUACGUGAACUGAUGGCUAGCUAUCGCUCAUCGUCCCUGCAGCCAUCUGACGUCGAGACGAUCACCGACCUCAAGUCCCGUGUGCUGGAUAUUGCCAUCCGCUGCGUUAAUAAGGGCCAUAUCAGUCUCUUUGGUUCCCAUGUCAGCGGUUUCUGCAAGCCAGACUCCGAUGCGGAUAUGUCCCUCACCUACCGCAACUUUUCACCGUGGUUGCAGGGAAUCGAGCGUGUAGAUGACCAGAACAACAAGCGUCUCAUUCGUUUCGCAAAGGAAGCAUCCGCAAUGGGCAUGGAGAAUGUGCGUUUCAUUCGCGCCCGCAUACCGGUGGUUCAAUUCGUCGAUGUUGUUAGUGGGAUUCACUGUGACGUAAGCAUCGGCAAUUUGGGUGGCAUCGAGAAUUCUAAAAUUUUAGCAGCCAUUCGGGGUAUCUAUCCUGACUUCUACGGCGCAUACAUUUAUGCGGUCAAGGAGUGGGGAAAGGCACGAGAGGUGAUUGCGCCUGAUAAAGGUACAUUCAACAGCUUUACCAUGACAACCAUGGCCCUGAUGGUCCUUCAGGAGCUGAUGCUGUUACCUGUUUUUAGUGCACCUACUGGGAAAUUCGGUGAGCUCACGCUGCCAGAUGCUCUGCAAGCGAUAGAUUCCUUCUCACUCCCGCCCAUCUACAAUGAGAUGAGUGGGGAUGAUGAAAAGCUUGGUGAGGCGGUUUAUUUUUGUUUGACUAAGUUUGCGGAGUACUACAGUGCCUUUGACCUUAAAAAUGGAACUGUGAGUCUCAUGCACCCACGCCAACAUCGACAUAUUUAUGCACAAAUGGCCAAGAAGUAUCUGCAGCUUUUUGAGGCGCAUAAGCGUACUGAGUGGAUCAAACACUUGGAGGCGCAUCCAGAGGAUGGUCCGUUUAACGAAAAAGCUUUAGAGGAGGCUAUGAAACACGAAGUCAUCCAACGCCCGUGUGCUACGCCUUUUAUUGUUCAAGAUUUUGUGAAUUUUGUGAACUGUGGCCGGCGGGUGGCAUCCAAUCGAGUUGCACACAUCCACACAGAACUUCAGCGGCUCAAGUCUAUGCUCUUGAACGAAUCCCAAGUUACGUAUGCGGCGGUAUUUGAGAAGAGCAAUGUCGUGCCAAGCGCCUAUCCGCCAGGUCGCCAUGAUCCUCGUGUACAAAAAUUUUGA